AUGUCCGGAACAAGCCCUACAGAACGGUGCAGCCAAUCAUCGUCAGGGUCGAGCAGUUCAACCUUGACAGGAUGGGUUCUACAUGUGAAUGAGUGUCUUCGGGAUGCCUCCGGGGACUCCAACAAAGAAACGAACCAGUCAGUGCAGUCAGGGCAGUCAGGGCAGUCAGGGCAAUCUGGAGACGAGGAGGUGAAGGCUGUGGCUUUUGAGGAUUCAGUGGAAAAGUCAGCUCCGUCUUCAGCCAUGGAGAUUGCUGAGACAGCUGUGCAUCAUUCCAGACCUUCAAGGGAAGCUCCAGCUGGUCUUGAUCUUGAUCCCUGCCUCUUCUAUUCAUACACAGCUGGUUGUGCCAAGGGGGAGGAAUGUGAAUAUUCACAUUCAAUCCAUGCAGACCAGGUUGCCGUGCCUGAGGCGAAACAGCGGCGUGGCCACGCACAGGCUCGCAUCAAGAAGCGGCUGAAUCAACAUUUUGCCGCACAGAGUCUCUACGAAGUGCACCAAGAGCUUCAGCAGGAAGCGCACAAAGAUUCCUAUGCCAAACACCUGAUCCGAAGGCAUCUGACAAGGAUCCAUUCAUCCACAUCUGCCAGAUUGGCCACAUCGGGCGCAUCGGCCGCAUCGGCCGCUUCGGGCGCAUUGGCAUCGACAUCAUCAACGCAAUGA